GUAGCUGUUAUGGCCGCCUCCUCCCCCCACGUGAUCCCUUCUGCCUCGACCUUUGUCGUGGCGCCGGCUUUUUCUUGCUCCCUGCCGCCGUGUGACUCCUGGACAGGUGACCCCAAAGCUGUGGCGUCAUCGCCAGUUGGAGGACGAUGCUGUCCCGUGGCCGAGCCCUGGUGGCCGGGCUCUCCGUCUACUGGAAGCCACUCUUCAGAGGCCGCCUCCUGCUCGUCACCAAUACCCUCAGUUGCGGGGCACUCCUGGCGGCUGGGGACACCCUGCGGCAAGCCUGGGAGAGAAGACGGGAGCCCCACCGAAAGCGGGAUCUGGCCCGCACGGCUCGGAUGUUUGCUGUCGGCUGCAGCAUGGGGCCCCUGAUGCACUACUGGUACUUUUGGCUGGAUGGUGCCUUCCCUGCUGCUGGGCUCAGUGGGAUCAGAUCUGUCCUGAAAAAGGUCUUCAUUGACCAGAUAGUGGCCUCUCCGGCUCUGGGAGUUUGGUAUUUCUUGGGGAUGGGGUCCCUGGAGGGGCAAACUCUGGCUCACAGCUGGCAGGACCUGGAGGACAACUUCUGGGAGUUCUACAAGAUGGACUGGUGUGUCUGGCCACCAGCACAGCUGGUCAACUUCCUGUACCUCUCCCCAAAGUACCGCGUGAUCUAUAUGAAUGUCAUCACACUUGGCUGGGAUACAUACCUCUCCUACCUUAAGCACCGCCCUAAACAGACACUCCUCACCAUGGAGGAAGAUUCCGAACCCUGUGCCAUGGAGAUCCAAACCACCAGCUGAACCACAUCACGAGUGCUGCAGCUGGAGAGGGAUUCAGUUUGUGGUGCAUUGAGAAGAGGCUUUGGUCUUUCUCAGCUGAAGGGAAGCAGGGUGGAAACGGAGGACUCAAGCCCCCAGGGACUGGCAACUGGGGGAGCAGGAGCAAGAUUUGGCCAGAUGAGGUGUGGACUGAAUCAAGUCAGGGUCCAACUAAUUUUGCCUUUUGUGAUUUAAUUUAUUGGUGGGUGGGUGGAGUCAGACGUGCCAAGCCUUUGAUUUUUCUAAUUAAAGAUGAAUGUGAUUGCCUUUCCUUUAUGGGUCCCUCCCCCCAGCCUUGGAGUUGCGCAGGCUGAUUGUUUUUCCCUGUGCAGAGGAGGGGACACCCACCCAGCAUACUGGCCUGUAAUAAAUCCAGGUUUGCAGCUUCUUACGCCACCCAAAGCAGACUGUUCUCAGUAUUUAACUCAUUUAUGUCACGUAAGACAUUGGCCCUGUUCUAGAAAAGACCCUCCCCCCGGAAUGAAAGCUUCUUGGUGUACAGCAGGAGUAUCCGAAGGUAGCUGAAGUGUCCCAGCUGAGAGUAGGUGAAGUGUAGUGGCUCAGCAGUGCAACUGGAAGCUCAGUUUAUUCUGGUCUCCUUAUUGCUUCAACUCACAUGAAGCUGCCUUCUUCUGAAUCAGACCCCUUGGUUUAUCAAGGUCAGUAUUGUCCGGACUGGCAGCAACUGUCCAGGGUUUCAAGCAGAAAAGGGUCUUUCAUAUCACCCACUGCCAGAUCCUGUCAACUGGAGAUGCCGGGGAUUGAACCGGGGACCUGUGUGCCAAAUAGAUGUGAUACCACUGAACCGUGGCCCCUCCCUUGAACUCCCUCUUGGUCCAAUUUUCUGCAAGGAUUUCAAUGCGAAACAUUGAUCACUGUAAGCUGCCCUGACCCUGCUUUGUAGGGAGGGCGAGGUAUAAAUCAAACGAACAAAUAAAACACCUUUGUGAUCAGCUGUUUUUAUUUCUCCACAAU